AAAAAUGCAAUGAACGAGGUGAUUUUGUCCGCGGGUGCCAUCGGGAGCCCGCAGCUGCUGAUGCUGAGCGGCGUGGGUCCUAUGGCUCAUCUUACGGCUCACGGGAUUAAACCGGUGGUCUUAGAUCAUCCAAUGGUCGGACAAGGGAUGGGUGAUAAUCCGAUGAAUGCCAUCUUUAUUCCUUCUCCUACCCCUGUGGAGGUUUCUCUAAUACAAGUCGUUGGGAUCACAAAAUAUAAUAGUUACAUCGAAGGAGCAAGUGGCGUAAUCUUCUCAUAUAGUUGGACACGUGAUUAUUUUGAUGGUGUUUUGAAUUACCUCAACGAGAUGCAGACAAGCCGUACUAAUACAUCUACAACACUCUCGACUCAAUCCAUCACAGAUUUUUUCAAAUCUAUACAUCCGUUACUGAGUGCAACAACAAAAGACGGUUUGAUCCUCCAGAAAGUGGCUGGACCGGUCUCGAGAGGUCACUUGGAGCUUAGGAACGCAAACCCAAAUGAUAGUCCUUCAGUCAGAUUUAACUACUACCAAGAGCCAGAGGAUCUAAAGAAAUGUGUUGAGGGGAUUACCACUAUUAUUAAAGUGAUUAACUCCAAGGCAUUUUCAAAAUUCAAGUACCCCGAAGCGACCAUACAUGGCUUGCUCGAUCUAAUACUAAGCAUUCCCACUAAUCUGAGACCGAGACAUGUAACCUCGGCGUAUGAUUUAAAACAGUUUUGCAUAGGCACUGUGAUGACUAUUUGGCAUUACCAUGGAGGCUGCCAAGUUGGAAGAGUGGUAGACAAGAAUUACAAAGUCUUAGGUAUUGAUAGUUUAAGGGUUAUAGAUGGAUCAACAUUUCUCAAGUCUCCGGGGACUAACCCUCAAGCUACGGUUAUGAUGCUUGGAAGGUAUAUGGGACAAAAGAUUCUUCGAGAGAGGGAAGCUUUCCACAAAAAGGAUGAAGAAGCAUGAGCUAUUACUUUCAGAUGGAUCUUGUGCGUAGAAUAUGCUUUGAUUAGAAACUUGCCUAUUACACUUUCAAAAGAAGUGGCUAGGAAAGUGAAGCAUAUGCUAU